AUGACCCUCCCCUCCGAGAUCCUCGCGCUGCUCAGCCACACCACCCACACACUAAACCACCUCACGACGCUUCUACCGAUGGAGCACUGCACUAUGGCGCUGCGACAACUCGUCGCAACGGCCGAAGCCGCAGCGAAGCUCGCGGAGGUCGCGCAUGUGCAGGCGGUGACGGCACAUGGCGGAGGAGGAACAGCAACGGGCGGGGGUGGUGGUACGGAAAGGCUAAGGGCCGAGGCGGAAAGGGUAAAGAACGAGACGGAGCGGCUGAAGGCGGAGGCUGAGAAGGUGGGGAAGGAGGCUGAGAGGGCGGUGGCGGAGACGGAGCGGCUGAAGGCGCAGGCGAUGAUGGUGAGGAGUGAGAAGAUGAGGAUUGAUUCGGAGAGGGAGAGGUUGAAGGCGGAGGAAGUGAGGGUGAAGGGGGAGAGAGAGCGGGGGAAGCCGGGGAGGGAGAUGGUGUCGGGAAAGGAUCUCGCCGGGUCGGUACGGGAGGAGCGGGCGAUCUCUCCCUUGGACCGUACGGAGCCAGAGAGUGUGCCAGAAGUAGAGAUGGACGGGCCGGAGGUGGAGAUGGUGCUAGAGGUUGAAACACCGAAGGUCAGAAAUCACAAAACAACACGCAAAGCGAGAGCCAAGACGGGUAAGACGGCGCAGGAAAUGCAGGCCGAGAUGAGGGCAAUCAUUCUAACAAAGCUGAAGGAGGAGGAAGAGCGGAAGAAACUGGAGGCGGAGAGACUCGACGAGGAGAGGCAGAAACUCGAGAAACGGCAUAUUGAGGCGUUCAGAAAAUGGCUUUAG